ACGUCGCUCUGUUUCCUGUGACCAUGUGACACUUCUGCGCAUGCUCUGUAGCAGAAGUUCGCUCUGUAGUUUGUAAACAACGCACUGACACGGGUGGAGGUAUAAGUCGGCUCAAAUUUGCGGCCAAGUUACCUUUUGAGGUAAAUUAUGUCCGUGAAACACGCGCUGAGCCGCGGCCUGGAGCUGGGCCGGUCCUUCUUCCAGCUGGGCCUGCUUAAAUCCGGCGGUCGUGUCGCAGCGAAGCUCCGAGCUGAGCGCCUCCGCGGGGCAGCAGGCCCGUCCGUGCGCUGCGCUCAGCCUCAGGCUUUCCUGCCACAUCGGUACCGCUAUUACCGCACAUCACUGCGGGGCCUGGCUGCACAGCUCCAGGCCGCCGGCUUCAGGAGGUUCGGCGGAGGCUCUGCGCGGAACAGAGCCGUGUUCCUCGCGUUUGGACUCGGCGUGGGGCUGAUCGAACAACAGCUGGAGGAGGACAGGAAGAGUGCAGCCACCUGCCACGAGAUACAGGCUGUAUUCCGAAAGAAACGAUUUGAGCCUCCAUUAAAACCUCUGAACCUCUCCGGGUACAAACUGGAUGAUUACCUCAUCGGAAAUCAGAUCGGAAAAGGCUCAAACGCAGCAGUGUAUGAGGCGGCUGCACGCUUCGCCCCUCUCCAUCCGACUAACACCACAAAGACCCCUCUGGUGGAGCUAGAAGAAAAGGAGGAAAAACAUGGCCGCCGCUCCAUAUCCUGCUGCUCUCUGAGAAACUUCCCUUUGGCCAUUAAAAUGAUGUGGAACUUUGGGGCCGGAUCUUCAAGUGAAGCCAUUUUGAAGUCCAUGUCUCAGGAGUUGGUGCCUGCUGCUCCGACGGCUGUGAAGCAGGAGAUUGAGCACUUAAGCCUGGAAGGAAAAUUUGGAGUGGUGCCCAGAAGAGUGACAGCGCACCCUAAUGUGGUUCAGGUGUAUCGCGCCUUCACUGCAGACGUCCCUCUGCUGCCUGGAGCUCAGGAGGAGUAUCCUGCUGUUCUGCCUAUCAGGCUCAACCCACACGGCCUCGGCAACAACCGCACACUCUUUUUAGUCAUGAAGAAUUACCCGUUCACUCUGAGGCAGUAUCUGGAGGUGUGUACUCCCAGUCGCAGACACAGUUCUCUGAUGCUUCUCCAGCUGCUUGAGGGAGUGGACCAUCUGUGCAGAGAGGGAGUGGCUCACCGUGACCUCAAGUCUGACAAUGUCCUGCUCGAGUUUGAUUCUGAUGGCUGUCCAAGACUGGUGAUCUCUGACUUUGGAUGCUGUUUGACCCAGAGGGACACAAGUCUCCAGCUGCCAUUCAACAGUGUGUGGGUUAACAGAGGAGGAAAUGCAUCGCUUAUGGCUCCAGAGGUUGCCACUGCAGUCCCUGGUCCUGCUGCAGUGAUAGACUACAGUAAGGCUGAUGCUUGGGCGGUGGGAGCGAUGGCGUAUGAGAUCUGUGGUCAACCCAACCCCUUCUACAGAGCUGUGGGCCUGGAGAGCCGAAAAUACCAUGAGUACGAUCUGCCCCUGCUGCCCCCUACUGUCCCAGCCGAGGUGGAUCUAGUGACACGACUGCUGCUCAGAAGAAACCCACAGAAGCGUCCCAGUGCUCGCGUAGCCGCUAACAUGCUGCACCUGAGCCUGUGGGGGAGGAGAGCUCUGUCUGUUCAGGGCAGUGAGGCCACGAGGAGGCUGGUGGACUGGCUCCUGUGUCAGUCUGCUGUAGUUCUCCUCCGAGGCUGUAGGGGGCCCAGAGGCAGUACUGUGGAGGCCGAACUGCAGAGGAGCUUCCUGUCUAACCUGGAACUGGAGGAGCUGCGUACGGCAGUGGGUUUCCUCCUCUAUGGACAAAACAACCAGGACCUGUGUGUUAUGUCGGCUUAAGUACAAUGUAUCACUGCGAAUAAGGAUAUUUACAUGAGUGAUGAGUUCAUAUUAUUGACCCCGAUUUGAAAAGUUCUGAGUACUUGGAUUGCGUAUGAGUUAGGCCUAUAUUAUUUGAUUUUGCGUACUUUUCUAGUGGAGGUGCCACAUCUUUUUGUCUCGUUGAAGAUGUCUUCGCUGUACCUGGAAUGUUCCACAGUAUGACAUUUAACUUAUCUGACAUCUAACAUCUCACAUUUGAUUAAUUUACUGGUGUUUUUAUUGUGAGCAGGUUCACCUUUCCACAGAUUUUAACUGUAACUUUGCAAGGUGGGAUCACUGUCUUGUCUCCAUGGAGAUUCCAGGCAAAAACCAUGACAUUUUCUUGGAGGCAGCAGGUGGAGGUGGCAGGACACUCCAUCUGAAAAAUUUUGUUGUACAACUUUAAAGUGAUAAUAAAAGCUGAAGUGAAAUCUGUCAAUUGGACAAAAUCCAGUUGACAGAUUUAACUUUGGCUUUUACUAUGAAUCAGACCAGGACUGAGGGAUUACACAGACAUUUAAAGUGAUGAAAGAAAACUAAUAAAAAGUUCUCCAAAAGGACUUGUAUAGUAAAUAAAUAUAUGUUCUUCAAAUAUAAACUAGCCAAAUAAAAAUUCAAACUUAUCAGAUAGAAGUGUACUCAUGUAAAUAUUCAUUAUUCUUGUUUCUUGUGGGGCACUCUUACAUCAGACACUAUGUCAAUGAAAUAUAUUUAAUUAACCAUUUAAAUCUGGGUAUUUAAACACUACUGUUAGUAUUCAUCAAUAUACUUCAUCUGUACAGCUACUGCCAAUAGAAUCUGAAAAAAGCUAAAAAUGCAUGGGUUUUUGCUCCUGUAGUUUGCACUUUAUGUCAUUUGCACUUUUUGUGGCUACUUCUUUAAUUGUUUUGUGAUUUUAAGUGAGUUACAAAAUACAUAAGUACUUUAUUUAAAUUAAUACUUGACUAUAACACAGUAAGCAGGUGUAUGUGAGCACUUGGUUGGUUUUCUUCACUUUGAUUGAGAAAUAUUUUUUGGAAAGAUGAUAUUUAGGUAUGUUUAUAAAUAAAUGCACGUGAACUACCUGC